UAGUUGUUGUGAGUCGCAUGGAGGCUGUGGCUGGUUUGACGUUUCUGUGCAAGUUGUGUUGAUUCAUCAGCGACAGUUAGACCAUCACAAUGGAAGUGCCAUGGCCCUGUAUCCGUGAAGUGUGGGUGUGAUCAGCACUAAGUCACUCGGUUUCCCUUACUGAGCUGCCCACAAAUCGCCCACAAUGUUGGUCAACAGAAAAACCAGCUUCAAGAAUGGUAUGUCCAUGGCUGACUAUGGCCCUGAUGAGAAUCUCAAUGACAACGCUGACAUUGAGUGGGUGAACAAGACUUGGACUCGAAGGCUUCUACGGGGAUGUGCUCUUCUCAGCAUGAUCUCAGUCAGCAUGAACACACCCAAGACGUUCGAGAAACUGCCGGCUCUCAUGUAUGUGACCUUCUCCAUCGACAUGGUCAUCACAUUCCUCUUCACUGCCGAGAUGAUCGCCAAGAUGCACAUCCGGGGUGCAUGGAAGGGCGAAGCACCGUACCUGAAGGAUCGAUGGUGUCAGUUUGAUGGGAUCAUGGUUUUGUUCCUCUGGACAUCAGUUGUGCUGCAGGUGUUUGAGAUGACUGGUUCAAUACCACCAGAGCAUCCAGGGUCAGUUCUUCGUAUUCUGCGCUCUCCGCGGCCACUAAUCCUCAUCAGGGUCUUCAGGGUGUUCCUCAAAUUCUCCCUUCCAAAGAACAGAAUCAACCAGAUUUUCAAGCGGUCCAGCCAGCAGAUCUACAAUGUCACCAUCUUCUUCCUCUUCUUCAUGUCCCUGUAUGGAAUUCUGGGGGUUCAGUUCUUCGGGGUGAUGAGGCACCAUUGUGUGAAGAACGAGACGGAUGUCAGCAACAUCACCAAGUAUGACCUGGCUGUGCCAGACACCCACUGCUCCCCUGAGCCUGGUCAGGGUUACCAGUGUCCCAGCAACAUGAAGUGUGUAGAGCUCACUCUGUCCAAGGAAAUCAUGGGCUUCAAUGGGUUUGAUAUGAUCGCUACAAGUGUGUUCACGGUGUACCAGGCUGCGUCCCAGGAGGGCUGGGCAUUCCUCAUGUAUCGCUGCAUAGACAGCCUCCCGUCAUGGAAGGCCUUCCUCUACUUCAUCUCUCUCAUCUUCUUCCUGGCAUGGCUGGUCAAGAACGUCUUCAUUGCUGUUAUCAUUGAGACAUUUGCUGAGAUUCGAGUGCAGUUCCAGCAGAUGUGGGGGCCAAGGGGCAGUGCAGCUGAGUCAGAUUCCUCCCAGGUUAUCACAACAGACGGCACAGUGUGGAAACUUGUCAUUCUGGACGAGAACAAGUCUCAGGGCCUUGCACCCCCCGUUUUCCAGCAAGUCAUCCGCUCCAAUCUGUUCCACACCUUCAUCCUACUGCUGGUACUAGCAUCUGCCAUCACAGAGGCCAGUCUGCACUUUGACCACAGGACCAAGAACCCAGAUGAUAAGCUGGAUGGGUUCUACUAUGCUGAGGUUGUGUUCACUCUGCUGUUUGACCUGGAAGCAUUGUUCAAGAUCUGGUGUCUCGGUUUCGUGGGCUACCUCAAGCGGUCGCUGCACAAGUUCGAGCUGCUACUAGCCAUCGGGACGACCAUCCACAUCAUCCCUGACUGCUACCGCUCACAGUUCACAUACUUCCAGGUUUUACGGGUUGUCCGACUUAUCAAGGCGUCUCCGAUGCUGGAAGACUUCUGCUUCAAGAUCUUUGGGCCAGGCCGGAAGCUGGGCAGCCUCAUCCUGUUCACCAUGUGUCUGCUGAUCAUUGCCUCCAGCAUCUCACUCCAGCUCUUCUGCUUCAUUGAGGACUUCACCAAGUUCGAGACCUUCCCACAGGCACUUAAGUCCAUGUUCCAAAUUCUCACACAAGAGGGUUGGAUUGAGAAUUUCGGCCGUAAUGACAAGAGUUUCACACCCCAUGGUGCAAGCUAUGUGUGCUACACGUAUUUCUUGCUAUUUCAUCUGUUUGUGACAGUGAUUGUCAUCAGCUUGUUUGUGGCUGUUAUCCUUGACAACUUGGAGUUGGAUGAAGAUAUCAAGAAGCUGAAACAGUUGAAGGCUAGGGAGAUGAGUGCUGAGACCCAGGAGUUCCUUCCUCUGAGAUUGCGCGUGUUUGCUAAAUUCCCAGACCAUCCGCAGAUGGUGAGAGUACACAAAAUGUCCAAUGACUUUGACAUCGCGGAUGUGCGUGAGAGCUUCAUGCGCCAGUUCCAGACAAAUCAGAACAGCUUGAACCUGGUGGUGGACACCCAGGACCACGACCACCAGGUGUCCUCAUGCCUCAAGGCAGCUCACCUCCACCUCAUCAAGUCUCCAACACACGAGACACGCAGUGGAGGGGUGGUCGAAAAGAAGAGUGGCAUCUUUACCAUUGUCAGGGAUUCCAGUCAGCACAAGGUGGAGAGCGGAGGGUCUGCUCAGCUGAUAGCAGCCGGAAGCAAGGCCCUGUCCUUACUGGGGCAACAGCAUCAGAUUCGCAUGGACCAGCGCAGGAGUAUGCGUGGAUCCCGCCCAAGUAGCAUGCGUAUUCGGCCGCACGGCACACUGCGGGAAAAUGGUGACAUAAACAUGAUGCAUGCUGGGAGUCUCGCUGGUCGCCGCACAGAUGACUUUGACAUAAAGGUGUGGCAGCAGAAGAAACAACAGGCAGAGAUCAAGAGGAACCAGCAGGAGGAGGAGCUGCGUGAGAACCACCCUUACUUCGACACACCACUGUUCUUUGUGGGCCGGGAGAGCAAGUUGAGGAAAAUCUGUCAACUGAUCGUCAAUGCCAAGUACAAAUACAUGUCAAGUGACCCCAUCACUGGCAAAGAAAUCAAGAGCAAGUACAAGCGCUUCCACAAGCUGCUGGGUCUAGUCACCUACUUGGACUGGAUAAUGAUCAUCGUCACCAUCCUCUCCUGCACCUCCAUGAUGCUGGAGACUCCACACAGGCGCAUCAUGAAUGAUGACAAACUCAAGAUUGCGGAGUAUGCCUUUGUUGUGUGCAUGAGUCUGGAGAUGAGCCUCAAGCUGAUGGCCAAUGGCCUGCUGUUUACACCCAAGGCUGUCGUGAGGGAUUUCAGUGGCAUCCUGGAUCUCUUUGUGUACGGGAUCAGUGUUGUGUUCCUGUGCUGGAUGCCCAAUGAAGUGCCGCCAAUGUCGGGUGCCCAGGUGUUCAUGAUCCUGAGAUGUCUGCGGCCUUUACGUAUCUACAGCUUGGUGCCUCACAUGCGGAAGGUUGUCUUUGAGCUGGUGCGAGGAUUCAGGGAAAUAUUGUUGGUAUCCGUGCUGCUCAUCGUCCUCAUGUUUGUGUUUGCCACAUAUGGCGUUCAUCUACUUGGAGGCCGACUGGCUCGCUGUAAUGACCCAAAUAUCGGAUCCAGGGAAAACUGCACUGGGCUGUUCUUCAGCAAGGUGUACAUCACGAAAAUGAAGAUUGAUCGCAAGGACAAUGAGGGUCCUGGAUUUCUGGUACCCAGAGUCUGGGCCAACCCACGCAACUUCAACUUUGAUAACAUCGGCAAUGCUAUGCUGGCUCUAUUCGAAGUGCUAUCUCUGGAGGGCUGGCUGGAGAUUAGAGACGUCAUCAUCAGCAGGGUCGGGCCGAUGGAGGCCAUCUACAUCCACUUCUUCGUGUUCCUUGGCUACAUGAUUGGACUGACGCUGUUUGUUGGUGUUGUCAUAGCCAACUACAGUGAAAACAAGGGCACCGCACUGCUGACAGUUGACCAGAGGAGAUGGAUGGACCUGAAGGGCAGGAUCAAGCUGGCCCAGCCGCUGCACAUACCCCCCAGACCAGAUCGCAAUGAGUUCCGGUCCUGGAUGUAUGACAUCACCCAGCACAUUAUCUUCAAGAGGGUCGUGGUGCUCCUGGUGCUCUCCAACUGCUGUAUGCUCUUUGAACCUUGGAAGGACAGCCAGAAAACAGUCAUUCUUGCGGGCUUCUCAACAGCCUUCACCAUUCUCUUUGUCUUUGAGGUUAUAAUGAAGAUGAUAGCAUUGACACCUGGUGGGUACUGGACAAGUCGGCGCAACCGCUACGACAUGUUUGUCACUCUGUUGGGGGUCAUCUGGAUUGUCAUGCACUUCAUACCUCAAGCCAAUGACUACAGCAACACAGUUGGGUAUGUGGUGAUUGUGCUACGAUUCUUCACCAUCACUGGAAAACAUGCCACACUGAAGAUGCUGAUGCAGACUGUGGUGAUGUCAGUGUUCAAGAGCUUCUUCAUCAUAAUGGGCAUGUUCCUGCUCAUGCUGUUCUAUGCCUAUGCGGGUGUUCUUCUCUUCGGGGCAGUCAAGUACGGCUACAACCUUGGCAGACAUGCCAACUUUGAGACAGCAUCAAGUGCUGUUAUCCUCCUGUUCCGUAUCGUGACCGGGGAGGACUGGAACAAGAUCAUGCACGACUGCAUGAUCAGUCCCCCAUUCUGCAGCAGGGGCCCCAACUACUGGGACACAGACUGUGGCAACUUCACAGCGUCACUCAUCUACUUCUGCACCUUCUACGUCAUCAUCACCUACAUUGUGCUCAACUUGCUUGUCGCUAUCAUCAUGGAGAACUUCUCCCUGUUCUACUCCAAUGAGGAGGAUGCUCUGCUCAGCUACAAUGACAUUCGGCAGUUCCAGAACACAUGGAACUAUGUAGACAUCAAUAGGAAGGGCGUGAUCCCAGCUCGGCGGGUAAAGUACUUGCUCCGCCUGCUGCGAGGUCGCCUGGAAGUGGAUCUGGAGAAGGACCGCUUGUUGUUUAAACACAUGUGCUAUGAGAUUGAGAAGCUGCACCAGGGUGGCGAUGUUACAUUCCAUGAUGUCCUCAGCAUGCUGUCGUACCGGUCCGUGGACAUCCGCAAGUCCCUGCAGCUGGAGGAACUUCUAGCACGAGAGGAACUGGAAUACACCAUCGAGGAGGAGGUGGCCAAACAGACCAUCCGCAACUGGCUUGACAAGUGCCUCAAGCGAAUCAGAGCUAAGGAGCAUUCCAACAUCAUCUCCAAUCUACGAGCCACCAAUGAGCCACUGUUUACUGUGACUGAACUCACAUCAGGAGGAGCCGACAUCAAGGAGGAGAAAGAGGAAGGACCUGUGCCUCCCCGCACUAGGAAGAAGGGGCAUGUUGAGCUCCGCAACCCGGUCAUUCAGCCGCCCAGUGUCCUACAGGGACAGUCCAUGAGGAAGUUCCUGACCCCGACACUGAGUGACGGAGCAUCACGCCUGGCAGAGAAAGAAAGACCAAAUCUUCGCAAGAGAAGCUGCAAGAUCAACACAGGUGGCAAGCCCCUCCCAUUGGUAUCAGAGGGCAGAACAGAGGAUGACCUGCCCACACCCACCAUGGAACACCCCAUUGACUCUGCACUGGUUGGGAAGUAUGUGUCAUUAGACAUCAACUCUUGGUGGAAAGAGCUAAACUGUCUGGAUAUAUCAGAAGAUGGCAACAGGACCAUACUGUACUAGUCACCAAUACAUCACUGCAGAAAUGUUGCAGUGUUGUAUGGCAAUACUGAAUGAUCAGCCAGGCGUUCCCUGCAGUCUUGCACUGGACAUGGCCUGGUGUGCCUACUGCCAUGAGAGGGAACAGAUCAUAUUGUGACUUCCACUGGGAACAGGAUCAUAGUAAAACCAGUGUACCAGAUAUCUAUUUGCCAAAGCGUGUAGGAUCAUGCGGGUUGAUAGUUGUCACUAUUCAAAUGACCCUUAAGAGAAACAGUUGACAGAUGGAGUGUUAGCCUCAAGCCACUGUGGUACUGAUACAGAAAUGGACCAAAAUAGGAGUAUGUCAGAAGACCUGGGUCUGUGAAGUUUCUUCUGAAUUGCCAGCAAGAUGGGCUUGGUUACUGAUAUACCUGAGGCCUAAUCACUCACAGGUGAUGGGGGCUUGUUCACCAAUAUAUCUGUGCUAAGCACCUUCAGGAGAGCUGGUCUUCUUCACAUGCAGAUAGGUCUGUGUUGUGAUAACUUACAAGCAAGAUGAUGUUCUUCACUGAUAUAUCUGUGUGAUGAUAACUUACAGGUGGCGACAUGGGCUUGUCAACAGAUAUAUCUGUGUGUUGAGUUGGUGAGUUGUCUGUACAAUGAUACUGAUGAUAUUUAUGAAAGCUGAGGGUACAUUAUGCAUUGUUACGUUAUGUUGGCAUGAAACCAUUGGUAGUUAAUAACAGUAAUUUAUUGAUAUUGCAUUCAUAAGUAAUAGUUUGUUGUAAUUUGCUCAUUGAACGUUUGUUUUCAUUUGCUAUAUAAAUAUGCUCAUUUUGCCAAAAGUAUACACUUUAGUGUGAACCAAGGUGCAAUGUUUUAGUUCUUUAAUCGAGACUACCAGUUUUGGUGGAAUUCUGUUGGUAUAUGAGAACAUAUAGUUCUGUGGAAUAGUAAGCAACUCACGGUGUCAGUUGCUUGAUGUUUAUAUCUGUAUAUAGAGCUAAGAGAGAGAAUGAACCAGUAUGUCAGUUGUUAUUCAUACAUGAGGUUAUAUAUAUUUAUAUCUAGACCAGCAAAUAUCUACUUUGUAUGGAGAAGGAAAAUUUUAUUUUCAUUUGUCCCAAAGCCAAACUUUAAGAUGGCAUGGUUUUUUCACACACAACAGCUGCACUUGUGGCUCAGUUUUAUGAUGUCAUCACACACAACAGCUGCACUUGUGGCUCAGUUUUAUGAUGUCAUCACACACAACAGCUGCACUUGUGGCUCAGUUUCAUGAUGUCAUCACACACAACAGCUGCACUUGUAGCUCAGUUUUAUGAUAUCAUCACACACAACAGCUGCACUUGUAGCUCAGUUUUAUGAUGUCAUCACACACAACAGCUGCACUUGUAGCUCAGUUUUAUGAUGUCAGCAAAAUUUCAAAUCAACUUUUUUGACGCUACAUUUUCAAAGUAUAAUUAUAUCUAAGAUGUGUGCAGUAAAGUAGCUUGUUAUUGUUGAUCUUGAGAGUUGUCUUGACAUGAUGUCAAAAACACGAUAUAUACAGCACACAACCAUGGAAACAGACCAAUCAUGUGUGAGGGUGAACAUUGUAGGAUAAUGGUUAAUACUGGUGUGAACAGAAUGUAGUGUAUAUUACUGAAUAUUGAGUGAGUUGUGAUAGAUAAAUGAACAUGUUUAUACUGUAAUGAAUUUGUUGUGUUUGAAUAAAACAAUGAAAACUAUAGUUAAUGUUUCA